AUGCUCUGCUCUGCUCUCCUCUCAGUACUGCUCUUUUGCGUGCUUUCAGCGGUCUCGGCGGUCUCGCUCAAAUGGCCCAAGCCCAGUGAUCAGCCGUUGACUGCAAUCUUCGAACUCAAGAUGUCUAUGCUAGCAAUGUGCGACAUUGGUGAUAUAUCGAUUGACGAUGUCGAGGCGACCUUUAUGAUACGAGGCAUCGAUUCGGGCACACAGGUUGAUGCUAUCAACUUGCUACGCCUCGAACGUACAAAAGACGACAACCUCGUCUCGGUAGAAGUAACAAUCAAGACUUCAGCGAUCAAGCGUCCGUCUUGGGAGUCGGAUGACCGGAAAUGCUGCCUACCUUGGAUACACAUCUAUCUCGAUGUCUUGCUCGAUGCCGGCUUAGCAAGACUCAAUGGCAUCGGCGCCUCUCGAGGUUGCCAUCCCUUCCAUGCGAUCGAGCCUGCAGGUAUCUGCAAGAAAUACAGUCCAAGCAACGCGAGUCUCGAGAGGAAUCACGAGUGCUCCAGUGCCGCCAGCGCAAACAACUUGGAGUCUCCGACAAGACGAGAUUGCAUUCAUUUAGGCGAUGAAGUGCGAAUAAUACAAGAAACCAGACAGCGGUUCACGUUUGUUCUAUAA